UUAGAGUAUGAGUAGGGUGGGGGGAGGAUCUCUGUCGCACGUGCCAUUAUCGUACGAUCGUGCAAAGUUCGAUACUCGCUCGUUAUGCCACAAUCUCUUCUUCUUCUUCCUCUUCAAUGGCGACCAUUACCAAUCCUUCUUCUUCUUCUUCUUCUUCAAUGAUGACCAUUACCAAUGCCAGUAUCUCAACAAAACCACUAACACUACCUUCAACAUAACUCUCGAUUUUCAGACCCACUCCUUCUUCUCCGAUCAAUAUCACUCGCUGAUCGAACUUUUCUUUUCCCUUCGUCCCCUUGCAUUCACUUUUAAUCGUUUUUUUUUCUUUCUUUAUGUUUUUCGUAUUUGUUUUCAACUCAAUCUUGCUUACUGACCAUUUUGUUUUUUGUUUUUUGUUUUUCUUUGCACUGUUUUCUUUUUAGUUUUUUUAUUAUCUUUUCUUCUAGGGUUCUUAGUUUUUGUUUUACUUAGUGAAAAUAAUGCAAUGAACUCUAGAGAAAUGAGUCAGGAUAAGAGGUCUCAGUCUCCGUUGUUGUUUGGACGGAUGUAAGUUGAGUUUAGUAAUGGGGAAAUAUGCGUCUAGCCAAUUAGAAACAAUUUAACAACAAUAUGGAACAUUUUAGAUACUUGUAUAGAAAACACUUGGAAAAUGCCUUUUUUUUUUGUGUGACUGUUUAAAGAAAAAGUAAUUCAUAUAAACACUACUCUCAAUGUUCAUAUUAAAAAUCAUGUUUAAUAUCUUUCACAAGGUCAAAACUAUUCAAGCGUGUGAAUUGGAAAAUGCUUUUGAUCCGUUGAUAGUAGUUAGUUUAGGGAAAUGCUGGAUUUGGCGAUCCUAGGUUUGUCCGGAUAGAUAUAUAAUAAAUUUAGGUGUUGCUUUGGUUAAGAAGUUGAGAGGAAUGAAGUCACCCAAAGAGUUAGGUGAAGUAUAGGAUCUAGGAGUACAACUCUACUCCACACCUUGCACGAGGAGUUGGGAAAGGAAGUCGAAGUUUCCCCAAGAAAUUUUUUGAUCCCAUGAUUAAGAAAUGUCAAUUUUAUGCCUUGUUUUUUUAACUCCCUACAAUAUGGGUCCCAAAAGUUCACAACUCCACUCCUUACCGUUAGAUGAUAAUUAUAGAAACAUUUUCUAUUAUUAUGAACUUCUCUGAUGUAAGUUUGAAUUGAGGAAGACUUUUGUAUUCAACUACUAUUUACAUAUUUCUCUCCUUUCAUAUAUUUUAUUAAUUUUUUUUUAAUGAAGCUUCAUUUUGAAAUGAAAUUGAUGGGACUCCGUGGAGCUGGUUUAGGCUUUUUGGAAUCAGUCUCUUGUUCAUUUCAAAUGAUCAGUGAAAGAGUUAUCUUUGAACUUUGUUUUGAUUUUCAAUUGAGAAAUCAUAGAAAUUUAGACCAUGUUUAAUUGUGUUUUCAAAGAGAACGAGUGUAAUGCAUGCUAAAAAGUUUCUUGGAAUCAAGACUUUAGUCUGAGUUUUCUUCUACACUCCCGUGACUACAUAAUUUCUUGCCUUGUAUUGUUGUUUUCAUAUCUUCUUUAGAAGAUAUUUAUGAAGUUCAACCGAUGCUCUAGUAUUCCACCUCUUCUUAAGUUUGUAAUGAAUGAAUAAUUUGAGGUUCAUAUAUUCUAGUAUGCAAGACGUUUUUCAUGGAUUGCCAUUUAUUUUGGCAAAGCCUCUUUAUCUUGGUGCACAUGUUUCAGGUUUCUGUAUAUAUAUUGCUUGCUAAAUUUACUCGCAUUUUUAUCAGCAAGUCCAAGGAGUUUGUAGAUGCACUAAGCUUACCACAACAUGCCUCUCGGACGCUGGAAGGAUCUAGGGCAGAACACUUGGGUCUUCAUAAAGCACUUUGUUGGCUCAUGGGAUGGAGCAGUGAAAUAGCGCCAAAUGGUCUAUGGGUACGAAUGAUAUUACCUCCUGUAGAAGUACUUGCUUUGAAGGAGGAUCUCAUUAUAUGGCCCUCCGUUCUUAUCAUUCAUAAUAGUUCUAUUGCAAUUGAUAAACGAUAUGAAGGGGUAGCCAUAAGCUGUGAGAAGCUUGAGGCUGCUGUAAGAGCAAUGGGUUGUGGAGGGAAGUUCAAAGUGGUACGUGGUAAAGCUGUAAACCAGAGUAUUAUGGUUGUAACUUUUGGUGCGAUGUUUUAUGGGUUGCAAGAAGCAGAAAGACUACACAACAACUUUGCAGAUAAGAGUCACGGCAGGGACGAGUUCCAUAAAAUCAAUUUGAGAUGUCUCGUUGACAGCAACGUGGAUAUGCAUAAAGCAACAGGAGCAAACACAUUGGAGAGUGUACGUUAUGGCUACUUAGGCCUCGUCGAGGACUUGGAUAAACUCGACUUUGAGACCAAGAAGAGAUCUGUGGUGAGAAGCAAGAAAGAAAUCCAAGCCAUUGUGCAUGCAUCUCUUCAGUGUUAGUGUUUACUAAGAGUUAGUUUUGUAUAGAAAGUCUCACGCAUUGGUGUUGGUUAAGGUACCCAAACCCACGACCGUCAUCUUAGUUUUGUAUUUGGGUCAACUAAACUAGUUUCUGUAGUCUUUUAUUUUUUCUUUUUGUUGGUGGGAACACAAUUUUUUGUCAAGAGCUUGGUAACAGAGAAGAGUUCACCUGGAUUAAGUUAGGGGAAUGAAUUCACAUUGGCUUCUUGCCAUCAUUGAUCUGAUUUGAAAUGCUAGUUGUAUAUCAAAAAAUUAUCCCAUGCUUAUAGUUUCCUUGGAUAAUUCUAUUUUCUUCUGAUUGUAUCA